AUGAUGGACGUGACGCUCGCGUGUCGCUGCUGCCUGCGGUGUGCUCCGGACAAGGACCUGACGACGCCGUACACACAUCUCGCCAAAACGGAGAUAUAUGCCGACAUGAUCAAAGAGAGUUUUGAUAUACAUCUGGUAGUGGGCGGCUCGGACUCGUGCGGCAUCUGCUCGGCGUGCGUGGGCCGCCUGCGAGAUGCGAGCGACUUCAAGUUGCAAGUGCAGCGCAGCCAGGCAGAGCUGCAGGCGUGGCUGCAGGGAGCGAGCCACGUCAAAGAGGAAGAACUUGCAGUUGAGCCGGAAAUGCAGGACAGAGACGGGACCACUGAGGAGCCUGCUGUGUUGUGUGCAGAGUCCCCGGUCAUGACGGAGAUGCUAGAAGAAGAUGGGGCAUCUGAUGAGAUGUUGUAUGAUUUCCACACGGCGGCCGGAGACGGGGCGAGCGACGAGGGUGACCCGCUGUUGGAUGAAGAUAUCCUUAUCAAGCCGGAGAUGGCGGUCAAAGGCGUGACAAGUGAUGAGAUGUCGCUGUGUUCGGAGGGCAGCGCCGCCCGCGCCAGGGAACAGCUCGCGAUGGCUUGUUCCGUGGUGCUCGAACGCCUCCGCGACGACGCGACUGUUCACAGUGCAGGCAAACCAUACGGUUGCGAAUAUUGUGGCAAACGUUUCGGAAACAAGUAUAUUUUAAGAAAACACAUUCAACACACGCACUCCUCGAUCGAGUCAAAAAAAUUCACUUGUGAUGCUUGUAGUUCUACAUUCCGAACUGAAUUGUUGGUAUUAGAGCACGAAAACAGCGAACACGGUUUUACGAAUUUCAUGUGUGCUGAAUGUGAAUAUACGACGAUUGACAAGAGAAAUUUGGAAGCUCAUUUAAAAACUCAUACUGUAGACAACAUUUUUAAUUGUACUCUCUGCAGUUACAAAAGUCAGUUCAAAGGUAAUUUACGCAGACACCAAGCGGUACACACUGGUAACCAGAAGAGACACAACCGAACACACCAGAGGAUACCCACUGGAGAGAAACCUUUUUAUCAGUGUAGUUACUGCGAUUACAAAUGUCGUAAAAAAUGUCGCCUGCAAUAUCACCUAAGAAAACACACUGGCGAGAAACCUUACACAUGUAAGUACUGUGAUUACAAAUUUAGUCAGAAAUCAAGCUUACAAAAACACCUGAUGAUACAUAGUGGGGCGAAGCCAUUUAAGUGUAGCGAGUGCGACUACAGCUGCAGGUUGAAACAAUAUUUACUAACACACCAGAGGAUACACACUGGCGAGAAGCCGUACACAUGUAGUCAUUGCGACUACAAGUGCAGACAAAGGAUCGCCUUACGAAAUCACGAAACGACACAUACCGGCGUGAAGCGUUUUCAGUGUAGACAGUGUAAUCACCAAUUUAGUCUGAAAUCACAUUUAAAACGACACCAGAUGAUACACGGUGGGGCGAAGCCGUUUAAAUGUAGCAAUUGCGAGUACAGGUGCAGGCGAAACGAAGAGUUGCUUAGGCAUCAGAAGAGAAAGGGCCAUUAAGUGGAAUAUGACCAGCGGGGAGACACGCCUGACUUCGGGCAAACUCGGCUCCGUUCGGCUCAGCAUUGCUUCGAGCAAUUAUUAGGGUUGGCACCACUUGACGUCCCUUUGUAAACAUGUAUAUUAUAUGUGCAUCAGAAUUUAUAACAAACUGCCAUCAGAUUUAAGAAGAAGACUGCCUCAAUGUAUUUAAGAAAAAAGUGACAAAAUCUUCUUCAAAAUUGUUUCUACAGCCUAAAUGAAUAUUUUAAUUAUAAUGCCAUUUAAUUAUUGAAUGAAUGUUUCUAUUACUUAUAUUUAUAUGUGAUUUAAAAUUUGACAUUCUAAUAAAUGACUUGUGUACCUAAUGUUACUUUAGUUUGCAAUAAUUACUUUAUUUUUCCUUGUUUCUGGAUUUCUGAUAAUUGACAUAUUUGUAUCUCCUUACUUUAAAAUAUUUGUAAUUUAGUUAAGUUUAGUUUAAGCAAACCUUCUUUGCGUGCUUUGUCAAGCAGAAUGUAUUGGACAUUUUUAUAUUGUAGGAACUUGUUUUGUGUACUACAUUCUUGCAAAUGAAUAAAUGAUUUAAU